UUCAAGAUGGCAACAUCCUAAUAGUUAAUAGUGCACCGCAUGUUACUUCUCACGUGCAUGUGCAGUAUUGUUUAAUUUUUCGUUAGUUUUAUUAAUUAUAACAAUGUUCUCCCGUUUUUGUAAUUUAUGUCACAAAACCACAAACAUCCAAUUUGCACAAUUGCAAAGAAAUUACAAAAGAGGUAUCAGAAGAAAGAGUAAAAAUGUCAAUCAGAUCGAAGCACCGACUGACAUGGAAGGAAAGACACCAAUAAUUGUCUGCAAACAGAAGAAGUUCAACUUUUACGAAAGACAAAAGUAUUCUAAAUUUGCACCUAUACCACUGGCUAGUAAAGGAUGGCUUCAUUAUAAAUCUAAAGGGGAUUAUUUCUUCGUGUAUCCUCUUACAAAUGUGGAAGAAGAGGCAUAUGGUAACGAAGAAGAAGAAGUAUACAAGUCUUUUGCACAAUUUGGCUUAAAUCCACAAAUAAUACAAGUCUUGGAAAGAUACAAUAUAACAACGCCUUUGAAGAUACAAACAUUUGGAAUACCUCAGAUAAUGAACGGUGCUAAUACUGUCAUAGCAGCUGAAACUGGUUGUGGAAAAACAUUAACUUAUCUUCUACCUAUGAUAGACAAAGUUUUGAAAUGGAAAGAGUUAACAGGGAUACAAUACAAUUCUCCAUUAGGAUUGAUUAUCACACCUACUCGAGAAUUGGCAUUUCAAAUUGGGCUAGAAGCAAAGAAAAUAUGUCAAUAUCUUAAUAUUCGUGUAAAAACUAUUACUGGUGGAAAGACAGGAAAAAUGAUGAUAGAUCCACCUGUUGACAGAGUUGAUAUUAUUAUAGCCAGUUUCGGAGUCAUCAGUAAAUUAACCACACACAAAAUUUAUAAAUUGAAUAUGGUCAGAUCUAUUGUAUUGGAUGAAGCAGAUGCCUUAUUUCAUGAAACAUUUGAAGAACAGUUACAAGUAUUCCUGAAAAGAGUACCGCUUGGCUUUGCACAUAAUGUAUAUGAUGACCAACUGCCUACAGGUGCUCAAUUCGCAUUAGCAUCUGCAACGAUGCCUGCAAGAAUGUCGAAUGUUUUAAACAAAAUCAUAGAUGUGAAAUCAUUGGUACAUAUAACUACAGAUAAGCUACAUCACAUUCUUGUGCCACAAAAAUUUAUGAGAGUGGGACCAGAUAAUAAACCAAUAGAACUUUUAAAAUAUAUUAAGCCAAAAAUAGCUAAUAAGGAGCAAGUAAUUAUCAAUAACAACAAUACCACUUGUAACUGGGUCACUAUGUUCCUGAACAAAUGCAACAUAGAAACAGUUCACUUAAACGGUGACAUGCCGAUGUACGAGAGACAAAACAAAUACGCCAGCUUCAAAGGUGGUAGAUGCCUUGUAUUGUGCACUACAAACGCAGGGUCCAGGGGACUGGAUACAGUUGCGAUACGUCAUGUGUUGAAUUACGACUUCCCAAAUGCAACCGCUGAUUACAUUCACAGAUGUGGUAGAACCGGAAGAGUCGGUGGUGUUGAGGACUGUAGAGUAACGAAUUUUAUAAGCUCUAAGGCAGAAAUCACUAUGGUACACAAAAUAGAGAGGGCAAUUCGAAAGAUGAAACCGAUACCAAUAUUCGAUAUUAAUGAAAGGAAAGAUGACGUUUUGGAUUUACCUGAAAUUGAUGAGAAAGAUCAGCAACAAGAAUUUAGUAUACCGUACUGAAUAUGUAAAUAAAAAUUAUUUCAUCUAAUAUA